AUGGAGCCACGCCUGAAUACGCUACUGGACAUCUCGAACCAAAGCAGCAUGUCGUACUUCACAGAGCCAUCGAACAUGAGCUCACCUGGCUCGCAACGACCAUCACAUCACAUUAAUCACAGCUUCGUACGCCCAAAAGCGCUCAUGCUAACGAACGCAUCUCCUGAAACCACUCAGUCGAACGACCUCCGAAGAGACGGACAGGAGAGGCUAUAUGCUACACGGUCGAUGCCCAGUGCUCCGAUAGCACAGGUAUUGAACGAUGAGGCGAAUGUGCUCGAGGCAGCACAACCCGUGCCAUCCACCUUUGCCCCAUCAACAACACCUUUCAGUGGAAGGCUAGUGGAUCUGCUUCUGGAUAGCCCGGAUCAUGCGAGGCAAAGAUGGGAUCAAGAGCAACAGUUUCUUCAGCCUGACAACACAGGAUGCAGCCCAGCUGUCAUCAAACUACCGAGGUUACCGCAGCCUCCCAAGCGGACAGCGAAGCGACCUAGAAUCCCGCCGUUGCUACAGGGCUUGCAUCAACCCCCGCCACUGCCGCCUGAGGGCAGACUCUUCCCACCGAUCACUGGGGAAAAGAAUGGUUUCGCGGGCGACAGAGGGUAUGACGCACGUUUUGAAGAGUCCAGGACCAAGGAUGUGGACGAGCAUGCCUUUCUCGAAGGAAAUGCCAUGGACUACAACAGAGCUGGUCAACAUGCCGAAACCCAAUCAUUUUCCCAAGCGUCAGUUCCGCCUGUAUCUUCUACUGUAAUAGAUGUGGCCCAUGAGACAGAUGUAGCAACAAACGCCUCCAAGGACUCUGAAGCGCUGUUACAGCCCAAGCGUGGAAAGAAGCGAAACAAGUGGUCUGAACAAGAGACCAAGGAUCUGCUUCUAGGUGUCAGCAGGUAUGGUAUAGGUAACUGGAAAAAGAUAUUGCAGGACCAAGACUUUGCAUUCAACAAUCGCACCGCCGUUGAUUUGAAAGACCGCUUUCGUGUAUGUUGCCCUGGUGAAGGUUUGAAGCCACGACAGCCAAAGACGAAGGGAAAAGAGAAGACAAGCCUAGUUGAGACACCACCGGAUUUGCCAGAUCAAGCCAUCUACACUCAUCAGCAUUCUCUUCCCAUUAGCGAGCGCCAAUCCGACAUCAACCUCAUUUCGAACUGCCCCAGCCCGACAGAGAACCAGCAACGUGGAGCUACUCGCAAUAAGGCUACUACGCAGCUGGAUCUGGCGGAACUCGGUAUCCGCGAACCAUUCUCAAAAACCACCCGUCGACCACGCCGGGCCUUUAGCGCACGCGAUGACAUCAACUUGCUCAAGGGCUUUGAAAAGUACGGGUCUGUAUGGCACUCAAUGCGCGACGACGAGGAUCUGGGGUUUGGAACUCGGCAUCCAACAGACUUACGCGAUCGAUUCAGAAUCCGGUAUCCAGACAAGUAUGCCAAAGCAGGCUACAAACUCAAAGCAAAGGAGAAGGAACGUACACUAUCGAAACAAGCACAAGAGCAAGAAAAACAGGACGAUUCUUCGCAACAGCCAGACCCCAUUCCACUUCAGAACCCUUCGCACCACGCGAAAUCAAGUCACUCACAGAACGACAUUACCUUCCUCGGAAAAGACAUUCAUCCCUUCAACACUAACGGACCAAACACCAACACGCCAUCACACUGUCCGAUCUCCAACAACAACAACAGCACCACCAACAACAACGUCAAUAACCUAAACCCCGCCCUAAAGCCCUUCAACCCCUCCUCCUACCUCUCCGACCCCCUCCCCACCCUCCCCUUUGACGACCCAGACAACGACCUGGCACAAGACAUGAGCACCGUCGGCGACGAAAGCCCAAUAACACUAAGUCGGAAUAUUCUCCGUUGGGCGGAUGCGAAUCCGUCGUCUCUGUACGCCUUGCCCGCUACUUCGGCGGUUUCUGCUUCGGCGUCGACGGGGAAUGGGCUUGGUGGUAGUCUUGGUGGUAAGGGGGCUGGCGGGGGCGGGUCCGGUGGUGGUGGUGACGGGGGGAUGGAUGGGUUUAUCGGAGGAGGGAGAGGUCAACAGCAGCAGCAGCAGAUGGAUGGUGGGAGGGGGAUGGUGCUGCCUGAGGCGGAUAGUUGGUUAUUGGGUGGUGAGAGGGUUCCGACGUAUGGGAUGUAUAGGCAUCGAUCUUAG